CCCCCCGAGCCCGCCCUGCGCCGCCUCUCCCGCCACCUCCUGGCGCACUACCAGAAGGGCACCCGGCCUGUGCGGGACUGGCGAACGACCACCACCGUGGCCAUCGACCUCAUGGUCUAUGCCAUCCUCAGCGUGGAUGAGAAGGACCAGGUGCUGACCACCUAUAUCUGGUACAGGCAGCACUGGACAGAUGAGUUCCUCAAGUGGGACCCAGCUCGCUUCGACAACCUGACGCAGAUCUCCCUCCCUGUGGAGAGCAUCUGGGUGCCCGACAUCCUCAUCAAUGAGUUCGUGGAUGUUGGAAAGUCCCCACACGUCCCCUACGUUUACGUCAGCCAUCGCGGGGAGGUGCAGAACCUGAAACCCAUCCAGGUGAUGACAGCCUGCAGCCUGGACAUCUACAACUUCCCCUUCGACGUGCAGAACUGCUCCCUCACCUUCACCAGCUGGCUGCACCACAUUCGCGAUAUCAACCUCUCGCUGUGGCGCCAGCCCGAGCUCGUCAAGUUCGACCGGAGCGUCUUCAUGAACCAGGGCGAGUGGGAGCUGCUCUACGUGCUCAGUCACUUCCAGGAGUUCAGCGUCAAGAGCAGUGACAGCUAUGCCGAGAUGAAGUUCUAUGUAGUGAUCCGGAGACGCCCCCUCUUCUACACCGUCAGCCUGCUGCUCCCCAGCAUCUUCCUGAUGGUUAUGGACAUUGUGGGCUUCUACCUACCUCCCCACAGUGGGGAGAGGGUCUCUUUCAAGAUCACUCUCCUGCUGGGCUACUCGGUUUUCCUCAUUAUUGUAUCCGACACAUUGCCAGCCACUGCCGUCGGCACUCCGUUGAUAGGCAUCUACUUUGUGGUGUGCAUGGCACUGCUCGUCAUCAGCCUGACAGAGACCAUCCUGAUUGUGUGCCUGGUACACAAGCAAGACCUGCAGCCCCACGUCCCUGAGUGGCUGAAACACCUGCUGCUGGAACGAGCCACCAUCCUGCUCUGUAUCCGGGACAGGAAGAAAUUCAGCCAAAGCAGGAUGCAAACCUUGGACACGUCCAGGCAGGUGGAGAACAAUGACAGCACAGCCAAGCCGACGCCCUGUGUCUGUGAGGACCCCCGGGAGUGCGGGGCAGGGGGGGGCACGAGGCCUGCUCCGGCCUUUGCUGGCCGGCCCGAGGGCUCAGCAGCCCUGCAGGAGGUCCUGCGUGAGACCACGGCAAUCCGCCAGCUCCUGGAGAAACGGGAGGAGUUCCGCGACCUCGCCCGGGACUGGCUGCAAGUGGGCUACGUGCUGGAUGUGCUGCUGUUCCGCGUGUACCUGGCGGCCGUCCUGGCUUACAGCAUCACGCUGGGCACCCUCUGGUCGGUGUGGAGGGAUGCCUGAGCAGCGCCCGUUGCUCAGGGCGGGAGAUGGGGGACCUCGCUCUGGCGGGUUCUCCCUGGCUCUGGGACUCGCCAGUGUCUGUCGACCCAGGCGGGCGCAUCCCUCACGUCCCUCAGCUCCGCAGCGGGAAGGCGGAGCUGAGCGGGAGCCCCCAGGACCCCGUGACCCUGCCCAAACCUCUCUCCGCGCUUCCCCUGCCGGCCCCGGGAGCGCCUCCGGCCCGGC